CAAAAUUAACGUUAUCGCUAUAGACAUAAGAAGCGACAUUAAAGACGGGAAAGCUAUUUAAAUUAUAAAGCGAAAAAAGGAGAGAUAAAUCAUCAUUUUAAGUGAAUAAAGAUACUUCAAACAUGGAUACAGAAAUAAAAAUAGAAUCAGAGUCACCCAAAAGAUUUUCUAGCGUUCUUGAACUGAGAAGGAUCAAGAGAAAAGAAGAAGACGAGGCGAAUAUUGAAUGGAGUCGAUUAGAGAUGCCAGAUCAAUCUGCAAUAGAAAGUCGUAUGGACAACAUCAUUGAGAAUUUAAAAAAGCAGUUUAAGGAAGAAAAGUUUGCUAGAAGACAAGCCCCCAAGGUUAGCACUUCCUAUCAAGUUUUUUGUAAUAGCGUUGACGCUUUCCUUCGUCAUCAAGAGAACCCAAAAGUCAAAUACCCAGAAUCUAACAGAGAGUUACCCGGAAAUGCUGUGAAACCAGACAAAAUAACAAGCACUAAACAAAUGUCAGUGGACACACCAGCUCAAACCAGUCCAGUUCAUGAAGAAAGUCUUGAUGAUGAUGAGGAGGAUGCUGAUGAUGAUGGUGACGAUGUUCAACAAGCGAAACAUAAAGAAUGUGAAAUUGUAAUUUCUCAGAUGCAAAAUAACAUUAUUUUGCGCGAUUUAAAAAACCAUCCAUUGCAGCGAAGCCUCUUCCUUAACAAUGCCUCACUUCUUUGGUGAGUCAACAAUCAAGAAACUGGUAACACAAACAAUAGCAGACGACAUAAAGCCCAUGCCAAGUUUAUUCCAAAAGAGACAUACGAGCAAUGCCUAUUUCUUUUCUUUGAAACAAAAGAAGUUGAUCAAUGGCUGUUUGCUACCAUCUCUACUUGCGCCUUCUCCAUUUAUUGGUUUAAACAGAAAGCAAAUGUACAGGGAGUUCUAUGAAGUGAUAUUCAAACCGACAGAACUGUCUAUUCUCAUAAGCAAUUCAAAAUAUAAAGUUGGCAAUCACAAUGAUAAAUGUGAGCAUCUGAAAUGGCACAAAAGUCCAUUAUCGCUGAUGAUCAACAGCUACAAACAAAGAGAAAGAAUGAACCAAUAACACUAGACAUUGAAAAACCCAAGGUUACUGACUUUAAAAGAAUAUUCAGUCUUGCCUUGCGUUACAAUAGAGUUCCAUGCACAAGAACACUGUCUAUAUUUGGUUUAUAUUUUACCCCUAUACUCUAUUAUGGCAGAGAAGAUGAAAUGUCAUGUGUACCUCACUCUCCAGCAAACUUUACAGUUGAACACAAACCUAAAAGUUGUUACCACAUAAGCACGUUGCUAACUCUGACAACUACUACUUCAUAUGAAAAUAAAUUUUUAACAACGAAUAAGGACAUAAUUACAGCAUCAUCGUAUUUGAACACAAAACAUCCUGGCGUAACAGAUUUGGACAGUUAUAAAUUUAAGCCAGUCAAACAUGUUGAGUUAUUCGAAAACGUCUUCUUUGAUAAUAUGGCGAUCGCAUCAUCGCAUCUGAACACCGAGUAUCCUGCCGUAAAAGAAUUGGACAGUCACAAAUUGAAGCCAGCCAAACAUGAUGAUACAUCCGGAAAAGUCUUCUUUGAUAAUUUUGAGACAAUGGAGAAGAACGACAAUAAACAAGUUGAGGUUCAACCUGAAGAACUUGAAGUAAUAAUUGAUGACGAUGACGAUGAAUCGCCAUUUGGAAUACUGUCUGUCUAUUGCAGAAGUGGAAUUCAUUCAAGAUGAUUCUACAGAUGAAGGACAAUAGAUGAACAGAGAUAGAAGACAUUUUUGGAAUUUAAUUAUUUUACAUUAUGAUUAAAAAUAUUAUCAAACGUAA